CUCCCGGAUUGCCAUGACAGAAUUGGAGUUUUCCAGUUGUCAGUAGGAAUAGAACAAAUAAACAAAACAAUCAGACGAAACUUUAUCAAAAGGAACCGUUUAGAAAGACGCACUGACCAUGUCGAACACGGAUAUCGAGCCCACGGGAAGAUCGGAAAUAGAUGGUGACUUCGAAGGUUUGCCGCUCGAUGCGGAGCUUACAGAUCCUGCGGCACCGUUGUCAACUAGGCGCAGCAAGCCCUACUUCAAAAAGUUCAAGGAGCCGGACUCCGACGAGGAUGUCGGUGAUCUGCGACAGCUGUUCAAUGUGCAGGAGUCCUGGCGAACCCUCAUGUCCCUCUCCAGUUGCCAAAAGGUCAUGGUGUCAGAGAAAGCUCGAAAGGCACUGAAGAUUGAGGUGGGCAUCAAUGUGACGCAGGAGUUCCCAUGGAAGCAGGUGCAGUUCAAGGACCUUCGAGAUGUGCUCUUCGACGAACUGGAAAAUUCGGCUGAUCUGAUGAAGAAGUUCAAGAACUUCAAUCCGGAGCACUUCGUCCUAAUUGGUUUCUGUCCACUGUUGACCGAACAGGAAGAUGAUCCGCCCGAGGGCGAACCCUUCAUCUUCUACUCGAGCAUCAAGGAGUCCAAAAUAGCCCUGAGUAUCAUCCAGAAUAUGGAGCACUUCGAGCGUUGGCGGAUGCAGCGACGCCUGAGAAAGAAGCCCCGUCGAUGGGUGAGCCAUGGCACUGAUGCGGAGAUGACCAUCAUGGUGGAGCGCUUCAAGGACGAGCCCAUCGAUGUGGAGAUCCAGAGUGUAUAUCCCAUUCAGAUGCCGCGCCACGUGGCCUUCGAUUACCGAUUGACACGCGAUGUCCGGGAUGGAGUGAUCGAGCUUUUGCCCAAUGAGAACAUCAAGUGGGAGAAUGUGACCAAGAAACGGAUCAAUGUGUCGGUGCAAUCUGCGCCUGCUAAAAUCGAAAGAGAGCAGCAAACCAAUCCGACUUUUCCCUCGAACGCCUGGUCGCAGUACCUGUAUGAGAUCGAGGAUGAAGACCUUGAGCUGGAUGAAACCGAUGUGGACGAGGAGGAGGAGAAGAAGAAGGCCCAGGCUAAGCCGGGAACAUAUGUGGAGCCCGAGAAGAAACCGCCGGAAAUGUCCGCUCAGAUUGAAAUGUUGCUCAAUACUCUGGAAUUUAAUCAGAUCGACAGCUAUCGCGAUGACUAUUCCUUGAUAUCCACGCGACAAGUGGUGCAGUACACCAAUCCCUAUCUGCAGGAGUUCCUCUGUUUUGCCAACAUAUCGAAGAGCAACAAGCGCUUCGUGGCUGGCUAUGAUUGGUAUCCAAAACUAUCCGGACUAAUAGCGGUGUCAUAUGCAUUCAGCACUCCAGCUACCGUGAAUGAGGCCAGUAAUCGGGUGGACUAUGUGCAGCGAGCGGUGCUCGAGCCCAAUCCCGUACUCCUGUGGAGCUUUUCCGAUAAUCUCAAUUAUAAGCUGGAAUUCGAGGCCCCCAUCGAGAAUACUGCCCUGACAUUUUGCCCAUUUAAUGGGGAUAUCUUGCUGGGCGGCAGUAAGAAUGGUCAGGUGGUGUUGUGGGAUCUUCAAGGUCGCUGCGAGAAGCUGGAAGAGGAGGAGUACUUGACGGCGGCCCAGGCCAAGUACCGUAUUAUGAUCGGGGAGUUCCUAAAUUGGACCAUUGAUAUCGAGGACAAUGUCGUCGCACCGGCCACCAUUUCCUUGUUGGAUUGCUCACCAAAAGGUGCUAUCACAGGAUUUUAUUGGCUGGGUCGUUCGAUGUAUUUAAGUCAAUUUGGAAAGGUUUACAAUGAUCCCGAUCCUCGGAACCAUCACCAGUUCUUUAUCACGUGUGCCUUCGAUGGCACCAUUAGCUUCUGGGACUUGGACAGCAAGGGUGGAAAGGGUGCGAAGGAAAAGAUGCGAAACCGGAUGCUGCCCAAGGAGUUGACCUCGAGUGAAUCCGCAUACAAAUCCAUGAACAUAAAGCCCACCUACAACCUUUACUUCCCGGAACCAAUAACUGGCAUCAUAGCGGACACCUCGUGUUUCUCUUGCCUAACUCCUGUUGCCAAGUUGAUACACGCCAAUCCCUCGAACUAUCCCAUUAAGACAAUAGCCAAGGAUCCACCCACUAUGCGCCAGAGCAUGAUUGUGUCCACAUUCUAUGGCCAUGUCAGCCGGAUUGAUUGGCAGGGCACAUAUACGGAGGGAGAGGCCACGGAGGUGAUCAACAGUUCGAUACCCUUUGCCAUGGUCCACGAUGGACCUGUGGUGAUGGUGAAGAAGAAUCCCUUCUAUCCGGAGCUGUUCGCUUCCAUCGGACGCACCAUCCUGGCCAUUUGGAAGGAGGACUAUAAUUAUUCACCCAUCUUUUGGCGGCAGAGAGCCUGUGACCUCACCGCCGUCGCCUGGAGUGAAACGCGUCCAGCAGUUUUGUAUCUGACUAGAAUGGAUGGCAUUCUCGAGGCGUGGGAUAUACUAGCCCGCGACGAUGAUGCUUGCCUCACGGAGAUCCUUGGCGGUGGUAUCAUUACCGGGAUCACGGAGCAUCGUCCCUCGCUUCCCUAUAAGAUCUUGGGCAUUGGCGACUAUAACAGUAGUAUAAGAAUGGUCAAGCUGCCCCAUUCCUUCGAUGUGCCACUACCCAAUGAGCUGGAACAGCUGAUGAAGUACGUCCUCAAGGAGGAGCGCCGCAAGGUGGGCAUUCAGGCGUGGGAACAGAAGUACUACGAACUCAACAAGGACAUCAUAGAGGCAAAGCGUGAGGCUGCGGCGGAAGUCCGCAAGGAAAUGGAUAGAAAGGAAAAGGAGGAGCAGCUUGCCACCAGGAAAAAGGGCCAAAAGUCCGGUGAAGAAGGUGGUGAAGGUGGCGAAGAGAUCAAGCGUAAGAAUAUCUACAGUGGCUUGAACUACAACGAAAAAAUGGCCGUCAAGUGGGACGAACUUAAUCUGAAUCGAAUGAUGACCAUUUUGAUGUCCCGCAAGCAAAUGGAUCCCGAGAAAUUGGCCAGGGAGACGGCGCUGGAGAAGGAGCGGCACUCCUACGAGGUUGCCAAGAAGAAGUCCCAUUUGGAUGUCUUGGCCAGAGUGGAAAACGAUAUUGCUAACAUACGGGCCAGAAUCCUGCCUGCGGAGCUGCAGGACAUGCAGCGCAGUGAGAUGAUCGCGGAGAGAGUAAAACGAGAGGUUGAAGAAGCGGACUCCUAUGAAAAGGUGUGCGAAGAUUCCUUCGAGAUCCUCAACAACUUCAAUGAGUUCAAGCCCAUCGAUUAUAUUGAGUUUCUGGAGCGAGGUCGCAAGAGGCGUCAACUUUUGGAUCAAUCCUUGGGUGGCAAUACGGAUCGAUUGCGGUGGUACGAGGAUAGGGUCAGAUUGGGGGAACUGGGCGAGUGCCAGUUCAUCUACGAACCCCUUGGCGGAUCUCAGGCGGUCGAGUCCAGUCAACCCGAAUUUGCAGCUCUACAGAAUAUGAUGACCAAAUCGCACAGCGAUAUUAUUGUAGACGAUUUCGACGGUUAAAUGGUUUUAUUCGUCCUUAUAGUUGGUAAAUGUAAAUAAACACUCUAUUAUUUAAAUUUCAAAUAUUUUUAUUUGGCAUUUUGCUAAUAAAACUGUUAUGCAGAAAA